CAGCACAGCAAAUGUUUAAUUUAGAUAGUGACUUGUUACACAUUGUAAAAUAUUUGUAUUUAUUGAAGGAAUGUAUGUAGAUGGUAUGCAGGUAGACAGUGGCCCGUGCUCAUGUUUAUUUAUAACUUAUACAUAAUUUAUCAUUUAAAAAGCUUUAAUCUAUAGACAAUGUUACACAGGACCCUAAUUAUUUAGUCAACACUAAGCACUGAGUGUUUGGAAUCUUAACGUCUCACAAAAGGCCACCAUUUUAUAUCGAAAUUAGAAGUUAGAAUUGGAAUUUAGAAUUAAAAUUCUAAUAGUGACUUGUAAUAGUGUAUGUAUAUCAUCCAGACGCAAGGACAACUACUCAGAUUUAAAACACGUUAAAGAAGACGUUAAACUCUAACGUGCAACCAUGCACUCUAUACAUAAACUGUGUUGUGCAAAAGAUGUGGUUCACGAGAACACAUUAACAAAGGAAAUGACUUCUAGCUUGAAGACAGCAAAGACAGAUCAGUGCUUACAGACAGAUCAGUGCUUACAGACAGAUCAGUGCUUUCAGACAGAUCAGUGCUUACAGACAGAUCAGUGCUUUCAGACAGAUCUGUGCUUUCAGACAGAUCAGUGCUUUCAGACAGAUCAGUGCUUACAGACAGAUCAGUGCUUACAGACAGAUCUGUGCUUUCAGACAAAUCAGUGCUUUCAGACAGAUCAGUGCUUACAGACAAAUCUGUGCUUUCAGACAGAUCAGUGCUUUCAGACAGAUCAGUGCUUACCGACAGAUCUGUGCUUUCAGACAGAUCAGUGCUUACAGACAGAUCAAUGCUUACAGACAGAUCUGUGCUUUCAGACAGAUCAGUGCUUACAGACAGAUCAGUGCUUACAGACAGAUCUGUACUUUCAGACAGAUCAGUGCUUACAGACAGAUCUGUGCUUUCAGACAGAUCAGUGCUUACAGACAGAUCAGAGCUUACAGACAGAUCAGUGCUUACCGACAGAUCAGUGCUUACAGACAGAUCAGAGCUUACAGACAGAUCAGAGCUUACAGACAGAUCAGAGCUUACAGACAGAUCAGUGCUUACAGACAGAUCAGUGCUUACAGACAGAUCAGAGCUUACAGACAGAUCAGUGCUUACAGACAGAUCAGUGCUUACAGACAGAUCAGAGCUUACAGAAAGAUCAGUGCUUACUGCCACCUCUGGUGAAAGCUACCACACGCCAACGUCCACAGGUAACCACUUCUGGAAAUGUUCAGGUGGAGCGCUUCCCCAAGCUCCCAGUUCCUGCUCUGCCCCCUAUCCUCAGAAGAGAACGAAGGUUGAUGCCAGCCCAGCAGGAGAGACUAGAGAGUAUAACGGCUCAUCAGCCCGACAUCAACACACUAUGCGGGUCGCGACGGGUGACUAAGUAUGCGGAGAACUUUGGUUCACCACAAGUUGUCCACUUACCUCCGGUGAAAACUUCACGCCAUUUGGCCUCAACCUUUCGGAGCAAACCUAACCUUCAUUUUGGAGACAAGCACCGACGCUCCGAAUACCAGGCCAGCUACGGUCCUACGAAUCGCACCAGACAUUUCAGCAUUCCUCUGUACCGACAACUCAAAGGAACACCUUAAAAAGAGUAAUUCAUGAAGCUUGUUCGGGACCACAACAUCAGUAUUCAACUUUUUACUUUUGCUGCCCAAUUCUCCAUGGAUGUGUGAGUAUGAGAAUAACUUGCACAUUCUUUGGCCUCAUCACAUCAGGACAGCCAGUCUAUUUGCAGAGAAGUACACACAUAAAACACCAGAGCUUCUAAUGGCUGACAAAAUUGCAUAAAGACAAAUUCCCAGAUUACUUAUAAUACCCCCAGACUUUCACAGGCAGACUUAAGAAAUGGCAGAGGACUGUCUUCUUACCGAUAGAUGGCAUCUUCGGUCUAACAAAGCACGCCUUCAAGUUGUUAUUCUUUCUGAAAUCCGCCUUUUUCUUCUCUUCUGGUUUUGCCAA